AUGGUCGUCGAAGUACAGCUGAUCGGACGGAAAGUGAAGAUAUUUGCUCCGCUUCAGAGCAUGAAGCUGGAGCGAACAUCGAACAGCGAGAAAGAAGGAGGCGUAGCCGCAGGCGUGGCCACGAGCGAAGUCGGAACAUGGGAUGACCACCGUGUCAUCCCUCCGUCGAACGCUUGUGGCACCGGCGAAGCCUCCACAGUGAUUCACACCCAACCGAAGGAUGCGUCGGGUGUAAACCCGAGCAUCAUUCAAAACCCAACCGAAACAGGUGGUAUGUCGGGCGUUGGCUCGGAUGCCAACCUAAUUGUUAACCAAUUGAAAGAGAUUGGAGAAUUCCGAGAUCUGAAAAGCCUUUCAGAUAUCGAUGGUACAUGGAAGCAUCAAUUGCUUGGAUACACCGAGGGACCAGUCAAGGCAACUGAAGAGGACAAUGGAGAAGAUUCUGUCCCUCGAGUAUUGACAGAAACAGCCAGAGAAGACUGCAACGUCUCCGCUUCGGCAAACAAAGAUCGAAUAGCAACAAUCGAUGAGAAAACGUCAGAAGACGACAAGAAAAGAGCAUUUCCCACUGCACGGAAGAAUCUGGCAACUACAUGGGAUGCAGUCGAGACAAUACAAGCCGAACAACCGAACAACUUGGUAUCGCGCUCCGGUCAGAUGAACCGAGCAAUCUUCGAAGCGAGUAGAACAAGCCAAUUGGUGGAUUCCCCGUCGACAAAGAUCCAAUGA